AUGGCUCAGCACUGCCUCUGGAUCUUGCUCCUUUGUCUGCAAACCUGUCGACUUGGGAAGCCAAAAAUUACCCAGAAUUCAAUAACAUCUACGAAUAGCUCCUGUAAUGUCACACUGACAUGCUCUGUUCAGAAGGAAGAAAAGGAUGUAUCAUAUAGAUGGAGUUCCUUGGAAGAAGAGGGCAAUAUCCUUAGAAUCAUUCAGAGCCCUGAGGAUCAAGAGUCGACUUACACUUGUACAGCCUGGAACCCUGUCAGCAACAGUUCUAACUCCAUCUCUUCCCGGAACCUAUGUGCAGACAUCAUUAUGGGCCUUCGUUCUCACCACACUGGGUUGCUGAGUGUACUGGCUGUGCUCUUUUUGCUUGUUCUCAUUCUGUCUCCAGUGCUUUUGUUCCGUUUGUACAAGAAAAGACAAGAUGCUGCUUCAAAGAAAAUAGUGUAUGAACACAUUGUCGUUCCAAGAAACAACCAGCCAGCAGAGAACAGAAUCUAUGAUGAAAUUUCCCAGUCCAAGGUGCUGUCCUCCAAAAAAGAGCAAGUGAACACGAUUUAUUCCAUAGUACAGAACUCUGAUAAGAUGGGGAAAACCAGCACAUGUGACAGAAAACCUCUUGGGACUUCAAGUUAUGAAAUGGUGAUCUAG